CAGAUACGCUCCACAACCCGCCCGCGGUGGAGUGCUGCUGGCUGAAGACUAUUGCUCUCGCCUGCGCAAAUGGGCCAUACACCUGCUUGUGCUUAUCUCUCGUGUCUUGCGUGACACGAGACUUUGUAUGGCUUGUGUGCUCUAAACCCGUCUCGCUCAUCAGCGCGAAGUGAACGUUUGCCUUUUCAAAUUCGCACGUAUUGCGCCCCCAUUGAUAUCCCCAUUCGUCAGCCAAUAUUUCUCGGUACUUGUCAAACCGUACUCACUCUUCUAAACCCCCAUGAGAUUCUCCUCAGUCGUUCACGUAACCAGAUGUUGUCCGCAGCCGCACCGGAUCCAUGGUGUAAGCCAUCGUGCGUGGCUCGGGGGCCGGAGUGUAUAUAACAUUGAUUACUCUCAGCCGCAGUCGGCCCAAGUUUUCUCUCAUCAGUAUAAGUACUAGUGCCCACCAUGUCGCUCUGUCUGACAGAUAAAGCUGAUCCCGCGGUCAACUCGUCGUUCAAGCUCGGUUCUGUGGCUCAGACCUCCGUUGGCCUUGCCGGUUUGGCUGCCGCAUACUUCCAUCAUCUGAAUACAGGUAUUGGACAGCGUGUCUCCACGGACGCACGGCAUGCCGUCCUCGAAUUCAAUGGGCAAUUGAUCGGGUUCAACCAGCUUUUGAACGAGCUGUUCGGUGUUCAUCGAACGAAAGACAACAAUUGCGUCCGCAUACACACCAAUUUUCCUCAACCUUUAACCGAAAAUAUUCAUUGCCAGGAGAUUUUGAACACCCUAAGCUGCGCACCGACGAAACAGGCCGUUGCAGAGUCCUUGCUCCAGUGGGACUCAUACGCCUUUGAAGAGGAAGUGGCAUUGAGGAAAACGGUUGCCACUGUACUCCGCCGGUUUGAGGAAUGGGAUGCACAUCGUCAUGCCUGUGCGCUGCGUGCACCUGAUGCUUCGCGCCGUCGGUCGCCGGACGGCAUCCGCGCACUCGAACUCACGCGCAUCAUCGCUGGGCCUGUGUCUAGGCUCACACUUGCAGCCCACGGCACUAACGUCCUGUGGGUCACCUCGCCGAAGUUUUCUAACUGGCCAAUGGUGGGCAUGGACACCUGGCGUGGCAAGCGCACAACACAGCUUGAUCUCACGGAGCCCGGAGACUGUCAUACGUUGCGCGAGCUCUUUAAAGAUGCAGACGUAUUUUUGCAAGGCUACCGCCCGGGUGGUCUCGCAGACAAGGGCUUUGGCGUGUCAGACGUGGUUGCGGCACGGCCUGGGAUUGUCUACGCGAGUCUGAAUGCGUACGGGUGGGACGGACCUUGGAAGGAUCGACGCGGGACAGCACAGUUCGACUCUCUCGUAGUACAGGCCGCGACUGGGUUCAAUGCGGGAGAAGCAGAGGCCUACGCAGCUUACACAGGCGAUUAUCAUGCCGCAGGACAUCUCUUGGCCUUCGGCAUAAACGCCGCGCUGUGCAAGACGAUAACUGUGCGCAUUCUUAUUGUCGCUGCUAGCCGUAAUGCUGACAAUCAAACUAAGGAGGGCGGCUCGUGGGAGGUGCGUGUGUCACUUGCUGCAGUAGGCCAGUGGAUGCGCUCGUUCGGCCAGCUCGAACCCGCCGUAGUGUUCAGUGAGGGUGCGCCCCUGCCUCCGCGCAGCCUGCCUCAGGCACCGGAGGUGCAGGCUCUUAUGGUUGAACUGCAACGAUCAGCAGGAGAUAAGAGAGACGGCGGCGAACGGAAGGUUAUGAACGCCAUCAAGCACAGUGUGAUACUGUCUGCCACGCCUGUGCUUGCGGGCGAAGCACCGAUGAGGCUGGAUGCUCAUCUACCUAUGUGGCUGCCUCGGUCGCAAUGAUAGGCAUUGCACAAUUGCACGUAGUGUAGCUAGGGCCAGUAAGUGCUUAACCGCUUUCAAUGAACGAGCAUUGCAAGC